AUGACUCGCUUCUCAACACCAGAUGGACUGCGAACACCUAUUUUGAGACUAGAAAGUGAACUCGCACAAGAGCAAUCACCUACGCUGGCGCUCAUCUCCCAACCUCACCCACCGCUAGGCCUAGUCUCGACCGUACCUGCAGACGGCAUGAUAAUCCACUUCCUCUUCGACACAACCAGUUUCAUUUCCAACUUUAUCAUCGGCCCUUCCAUCGCCGAGGGAAUGCGCACCUCUUUACAAACUCGCUUCUUCGUCUCGCCCGAAACACAGCUAGCAGGCUUCCUCGCCUUUGCCAGCGAAUACGCCACGCGAUGCGGCCGGCUCGUCCUCUCGGCACAAACCAACAUGCCUUGA